AUGACUCGAACCUCUGUUCUUGCUGACGCCCUCAAGUCCAUCACCAACGCCGAGAAGGCUGGUAAGCGACAGGUCCUGAUUCGACCCGCAUCCAAGGUCAUCAUCAAGUUCCUGCAGGUCAUGCAGAAGCAUGGUUACAUCAACGAGUUCACCUACGUUGAUGACCACCGAUCCGGCAAGAUCGUUGUCGAGCUGAACGGCCGACUCAACAAGUGUGGUGUCAUUUCUCCCCGAUUCAACGUCAAAAUUGAUGAUAUGGAGAAGUGGGUCCAGAACCUGCUGCCUUCUCGACAGUUUGGUUACAUCAUCCUGACCACUUCUGCCGGAAUCAUGGACCACGAGGAGGCCCGACGACGACACGUUGCUGGAAAGAUCCUCGGUUUUUUCUACUAA